CAGCCUGGACCGCCCGAGCCAGGACAGAGGCCGCCGCCCCAAGGCGAGGAGCAAAUGUUGACCAUAACACGGGGCGAGAUGCAGCGGAUGAUUGCCGAAGCUGUGGCUGCCAAAAUCAAACAAACACCAGUCGAACAACCCAGGGUGGAGCAACCCCGAAUCGAGCAAGCUAGGAUCGAACAACCUCAAAAUGAGCAGCAACCUCCUGAACGCGAACAACAGGCACAAUCGCAUGAGAGGCAGAACAGGAGGGUAGACGAGGAGGAGGAUUUCGAUGGAUUUAGCUCGAGUUUCCUAAACCAAUUCGCAAGUGUGAAAGCCCAAGAAAAGUCGUACCUUACUUUGAUAGGUAUGCAACAGAAGGAAGGCGAAUCAUUGAGGGACUACGUGGCGAGGUACACAAGGGCAUGUGUCGACGUCCCCUCGGCCAUUGAGGAGAUCAAGUCGGGAGGACUCACUCGAGGGCUACUCCCGGGAUUGUGCAGAAAUUCCUUAGCGAAGCGGCCUGGGAGGACGUUCGAUGAAGUAUUGGGAAGGUGCGCCAAAUACAUGAAUGUCGAGGAAGCCGAAGCCGACUUUCUGCAAGCAGCUAAGCAAAAAACUGAGCCUCAGGACGAGAAGAAGGAUAAGAAGCUUGUCGCGACAACUGAAAGGAAAGGAUCCCCAAGAGCCGAGAGAGAGGGACGAUCGAAGGGGUGGAGGACAGCCCAAUACACCCCUCUGUCGGCCUCGCAUGCAAGGAUACUGGAGGUUAUCGAAAGAGAGAUCCGUGAUGACGUUGUCAGGUGGCCACGAAUGAGAAAAGAUGGGCCGACAAAACCUAAAAGUAACCUGUAUUGCCGAUUUCACAAAGACUACGGCCAUAACACCGAUAAAUGUCGGCACCUAAAGAAUGAAAUCGAGAGACUAAUCAAAGCAGGCCAUCUGAAGGAGUUCGUUUAUAAAGAUCGAGAGCGAACUAGUCGACGAAGGGAGAGAAGCAAAAGCCCUCGCAAGAGGGCAAGAACACCUGAUAAGGAAGAGCUUCCCAAAAAAAGAGGAGUAAUUCAUAUGAUAUUUGGAGGGCCAACUGAUGGCGACUCAAACCGGGCUAGAAAAGCAUAUGCUCGAGGGCAUCAUGGAAAAACCGAAGUGCAGCAGGUCGAAGAGGAUGGUCCAAUGAUGAAUUUCGGACCAGCAGACGUAGGAGCGGUUGAGAGACCUCAUAACGAUGCCUUGAUGAUCACAGCCCAGAUAUCAGGCUACGAAGUCCAGAGAAUCUUUGUCGACACAGGGAGCUCGGUGAAUGUGAUUUUUUUCGAUUGCCUUAAACGCAUGGAACUCGACAUUGAACUCUCACCUCUCCACACUUCACUUUUUGGAUUUAAUGGCUCGGAAGUCGCCCCCCUGGGGGAAACCACUCUCGCUAUCGUCCUCGGGGAAGGCGACUUAAGGAAGGUAAAAAUGGUGCGAUUUGUUGUGGUCGACGUCGAGUCGGCUUAUAAUGUGAUUCUGGGAAGGCCAGCACUCAACGCAUUCCAAGCGGUAGUGUCAACCUAUCAUAUGAAGCUAAAGUUCCCU